GGACAGCGCAUCGAAAGUCUCACCACCUGUUGUGUCUCAAGCUUAGCAGGGAACGCUAACUCAUAAAAGCAAGCACAGCCAGCACUUGCCACAGACCAGCUUAGCCACGGAGACUGACUGGGCACACCCUUGGCGUCAUGAAGACAAUGUUACUAGUACUGGUGCUGGCGGUGGCGGCCGCCCAUGGUCGCGUCAGGUCCGGCGAUUGGGGCUACGGCAAUGAAAAUGGUCCUGAUACAUGGCCGGAUCAUUACCCAACGUGUGGCGGCCACAGGCAGUCCCCCGUGGACAUCGACGCCGGUGAAGCUGAGAUAGACAUUCCGCACACGCCCUUCCACUUUGUUGGUUACGACGCCAGGCCCACCACUGUGACGCUCACCAACACUGGACACUCAGUUCAGGUUAACAUGGACAUCAAUGCCUGGGUGACGGGAGGUAGCCUGACCGGUGAAUUCGUCUUCCAUCAGUUCCACUUCCACUGGGGUGCUGCAGAUACCCGCGGCUCAGAACAUACCGUGGAUGGCAACAGGUUUCCCGCCGAGCUUCACAUGGUACACUACCGCGAGAGCUACGGUAGCUGGGAGGAGGCAGUGAAACACAAGGACGGCGUAGCUGUGUUUAGUGUCCUGCUAGAGCUACACCACACAGACAACCCGAAUCUCGACCCAAUUGUCAACAGCCUCAUGGACGUAAUCUUGCCUCACGAAACGGCUCUUAUCGGCCCAGUAAUCCUGCACAACCUCCUGCCCAGCAACGUGGACCACUUUUUCAGUUACUCGGGUUCCCUCACCACUCCAGGCUGCGACGAGGUGGUGGAAUGGACAAUCUUCAAGGAAAGAAUCCCCAUUUCCAGCAAUCAGCUGAAGCAAUUCAGGGAGCUGAUUGCUGGAGAUGGCAGUACAUUGCAGGACAAUUUCCGAUCCCUGCAGUCGCUCAACGGCCGCAUGGUGUAUCGAUCCUGGGAGGACGAUGAAGCUUUCCAGCAAUACAGGUGGUAAGGAAACGUCAGCUGCUUUGGUUAUGAACAUCCGCUUCCCAUGUCGGCCAUCCAAAAAACAAAUUUAAGAGAUUACAGAAAUGUAUGGAUGAUGUUUAGCAACUUAACGAUAGUGCAGGUUAUUCGAGUCAAAUAUAGAAAUAGGGUAGGAUUGUUAGUUUAGGAGUCCACUGUGGAAGAGCGGUUAUUUGUGUAAAUAAUUAAUAGUGGAUAAAGUGUUUGCUGCUCUUGUAACUGUAUACUACAUUGCCAAGUGUCAUUGAUGUUAUAAGGAUUAUUAGUAGCUGUCCUUGGUUUUAUCAUAACGACAUAAUAAAACUGUCAAGCUA